AUGCGCUCCUCUCUCUCUCAUUUCUAUCUCUCCUCUCUGCGCUCCUCUUUCUCGCCGGAGACAACCACCACCAUCAGAAGAUUCAGAGGAGCUCCUCCUCGUUCCUCUGCUCAAAACCCCAAAGAAAAUCAGACGGUGGAGGAGCGACGGCGGAGGAGCGAUGGCGGAGGAGCGACGGCGGUGUACGGCGAUCUCAAACUCGUCAGCGUUCUCUCUGAAUUUAAGAAAGAGAUUCCGAUAUUUCUCCCCUUCUCUUCUCGCUGCUCGCUUCACUCUCCAUAUCACUUGUCUCUGCGCUCUCUCGCGUCUCCAGUCCGCACAGCCGCCGCCGACGAUUGUCCAGUCUGCACAGCCACCCCCAUCACCACCAAUGCUCUUCUCUCUCUUCCUCAUUCUUCGUUGCUGAUCUUAUCCUUCCUCCUCUUUCUAUUUGAUGUCGGUCUUCCUUCGAGCUCUCCUCCUCCUGAUUUUCUUCUCUCUCUGUGCUGCUCUCAACGCCGGCACCCUGAAUUCCGCCGCUGCUUCCACUUCCCUUCCUCUGCCGCUAGCUGCUUCUCUCACAGAACCAAAUACCUCAGAGACCAUCACAUUGGGGGUACCAGUCUUGCCAAAUUAAAUGAGCUGAAUUGCUUUAUAGUUGUUCCUUCUCCUUCUGGCUCAAGCCUUGCGAUCGCAAAAGAAGGUGAACUCACAAUAGGCACCAUUGAUGAUAUUCAGAAGCUUCAUAUUCGAUCUAUUCCUCUUGGAGAACAUGCUCGGCGUAUCUGCCACCAGGAACAAGCAAUUGCUGAACUCAACCAAGUGAAGGCUGAAAGCAACCAUGAUAUGAAGAAAUCAUUAACUUGGUGGGAUCUUACUUGGUUCGGUAUUGAUGCUGUCAUUGGUGUUGGUAUCUUUGUACUUACUGGUCAAGAGGCUAAUCAAGAUGCUGGUCCUGCUGUUAUUUUAUAUUUUGCUGUUUCCGGUGUCUUUGCUAUGCUCUCUGUUUUAUGUUACACCGAGUUUGAUGUUGAGAUCCCUGUUGCAGAUUUUCAGUGAUUACAAUACCUCUAUUCCAAGGAAGAUUUGUUCUGGUUCUUGGUGUGGGAAGCACUGCAUCUCAACAGGAAAUUAGAAAGGCGUACCACAAGUUGGCGUUGCGACUCCAUCCUGAUAAGAAUGAUUACUCUGGAACCCCACAUGUUCCUGUGUAUAUUAAGCUUUCAGAUCUCCUGAUGAUAUAUCAAGUGCUCCUGAUGAUAUAUCAAGUGUUGUCCUGGCUAAAAAAGAGAGGAACACCCUAGGUACCGUGAAUAAUAACCAAAUUGUGAAACAUGGAUACUAGUUAUGGGAGGAAAGAUAGGCACAGAGAGCAUGGGACAAACAUGAGUUUUUAUCUUGUGGUUCGCAGCAAGGAAAUGAACGCUUUAAAUCUAAAGGUUUUCAAAACUCCAAGGUAGAGGCCCUUUACCGAAAAGGAGUUGGAUGAAGUUCGAGACAAGUGGGCUAUUUACUUCAACGAUUGUGAACUACCCUCAGUGUAAUAAAUAGAGCAGGCUUGUAGUUAUUCGUGACUAUUACAUUAUUUUGUUAUUUAUCAAUUUAAUUAAUUACAUUUGAAUUAAUUCGGUAAUAUUAUUGGAAAUUUGAAAUUUAUAUCAUUUUUGAGAA